AUGGCUGUGUAUUCGCCCUCGGCGGGCGUGGGCUAUCCCUCGCUGUUUCGAUCCGAGGCCGAGAUCCCCAAGUUCUUCCCGGGGUGGCGAUGGUGGGAGGACGAGUCGCAGACGAUAUUCUGGGCGUUCGACUCGCAGGAACUCAAGCGGGCGAUCCAGUUCGGCCUCUACCAGGACGAGAACCUGCCGCGGAGGAUCCUCCAGGGUCGCCACGAGAACACCAUCGACGCGUUCCUGGUCUCGCUGCUGGAGCCCAACGAGACGGUGUCCGUCGCCAACAUGGGGCCCCUGCAGAAGGUCGAGGAGAUCAUGCGCCGCUGUCGACUGACCCGGCCGCUGGAAUCGUGGAGCUGGGUGCCCGUCCAGCGAGAUCGCGACGCCACCGCGCGAACCAUCGCCGACGCCAUCGACGCCGAGAGCCAUCUGCACUUCACUCGGCUCUCGUUCGAGGAACUGGUGCGGUACUCGCUGGGCAACAAGACCCCCUCGGUGGAGUGGUUCCUCCAGCAGCAUACCGCCCUGUACAUGCACCUCCUGGGCUACCUGCGAGCAUUUCCCGAGGAGAUGUCGCGGUAUCGGGAAGUCGAGCAGCACCUCCGCUCUCGCAGCCCCUUCGCCCACCGCGCCCUGGCCACCUGUCUCCGCGCCCUGGGCUGCGGCAGCGUCCCGGUCUCGGCAUCGCCCGGGUUCGCCUUCAUCGCCGGCCCGAUCCAGAGCAUGUUCAAGGUGCAGUCGCGCAGCCUGGCCGACACGCUGAAGGUGCUCUCGGUGCUGGGGGUGCGGUUCAAGCGCACGUACGUGCACGCGCGCGAGAUCAGCUGGACGCAGCCGUUUGACGUGGAGCACGCGUUUCUCGAGGAGCUGCUCAUGUCGACCUCCGGGGCCGACCUCGCGCGCACGCUCGACGCCGACGACAAGAAUUCGUUUACGGGUCUGACGCAGAAGAGCUUCAUCGAGCCGGACGCUCUGCUGAAGGGAUUGCUCGCGCAGUGGGAGAUCCUUGGAACGACUGUCUGGGAGUGUUGUACCGGGUUGCCGGAUCACAUUGCGAAGUUGCAGGAUUGUUUACAUUCCCUCCUCCCCCUCAAAAACUACCACUCCUUCACGGCCCUCCUCACGGGCUUCCAGAAACACAGCGUCACCCACCCGACCUUCAUCCGCGUCGACAGCGCCACCAACACCAUGACCCUGCACCCGGUGCUCGCCCCGGAGGCGGCCUACGUGAUCGACCCGCUCGAGAACUUCGUCGCCUACCGCCAGGACUUCCAGACCACGCCGGGCAUUCCGUUUCUCGUGCCCCAUAUCAGGGAGUAUCAGCAGCAUGGCCCGCCGGCGCUGCAGCAGCUGUUUCAGUCGUUGGGGGGGGUGGAGCCGUUUUGUCGGUAG